UAUAUACACACACACACACACACACACACAAGUAUUGUGGGAAUGUAUGUGUGUGCCUGUGUAAGUCUGUGUGUGUAUGGUUGUAUGUGUGGGUAUGUAUAUGUGUGUUUGUCCGUGUUCAUGUCUCAGUGUUGUAUGUGUGACCAUAUACAUGUAACAAUGUCCAUUUUGUGUCUCUGUGUAUAUUUGCUUAUGUAUGUGAGUAUGUGUAAUUGUGUAUGUGAGUGCUUAUCUUUGUAUGUGUAUGCGUGGGUGUUGUGGGUAUGUGUGUAUAGUGUGAGUGUGUUUGUAUAUUUCUGUGCAUCUGUAUAUAAAAGUGGGUCUGUGUGCCUGUAUAUGCAUGAUGACUGAGUAUGUGUAAAUGUGUGUUUGUGUCACUGUGUGUGUAUAUGAGUGAGAGAGGCAGAGAGAGAUAGAGAUAGAGAUAGAGAUAGAUAGAUAGAGAGAGAGAGAGAGAGAGAGAGAGAGAGAGAGAGAGAGAGAGAGAAAGGCAAGAGAAUGAGACAUACUGAGACAAAGUAGCACACAAGGAGAAUGUUUACCCAUUUCCUAUGAAUGUGGAGGUCAUAGGCCACCUUAUAGGUCUUGACUGUCUACUGCAACCCUAUGUUACAGAAAUCCAACCCCGCUUAUAAAACUUUUUCAUAAGACUUUUUCCAAAUACAACCCUCAGGAUGCCAUGAAAAUCAUUGGCUAAAGAGCUAAUAUACAGUGGUGGCUAUAUUUACCUUCAUGAAAAUUAAUAUAAAGAAAAUAACUUUAUUUUUAGCCUUUAAACAAUGGAAAAAUUUGAAGUAUACCAUUAUAUCAGUGUGAUUUCUGUAGAGACAGGGUUUCCCUGUGUAGUCUUGACACUCCUGGAACUUGCUCUGUAGACUAGGCUGGCCUUGAACCCUGAUAACCUUUUGCCUGUAGAAUGCAGCCACAGGCCACAAUAAUAUUUCUAAUUUAGAAAGAAUUUUCACCAUACUUUACAUUUUGAUGAAAAUAUUUAUGUCAAUGGCAUAAAGAAGAUUAAGAAAUAAUCGUAAAUGACUUACAAUAAUUUUUAAAUACAAUCACAGAGAAAGUUCUGUGUUUGCAAUAGAUGUGUAAAUUUCUCAUAAAGACUACAUAUCUGAAGAAUAGUGGUUAAUGAUAAUUUACAUGUAAUUUAAGAGAAACCAUGUAGAGUAGCUUUCUGAGGGUAGCAUUGAAAGAGAAAGCAAUGGAGGAACACAAAUGCUUGAGACACAAGCAGAGAGUGAGGUAAAGAAAGUGAAAAGAGAAUUGGGAAGCUAGGGGAGGGCAUUCAGAAAGGGGAAAGUUGUGUUUGCCACUAUUUAAGAUAGAUGCACACAGCAGGGUUAUCAGAGAACCUACAGGGGAAGACUCAAACACACUGCCCAGAGAGCCAUCAGCAUCUGCAAGAUCCGCAAUGGCUAUGGUUUGUGCAUUCCUCACGAUUCUGGUAGUUAUGAGCCACUGGUCAACCUGCUGUCUAGGAUGUGACCUGCCUCGCACUCAUAACCUCACACUCCUGGAAAACAUGGGUAGAUACUCCCCUGUUUCCUGCCUGAAGGACAGAAAAUACUUCGAAUUACCUUUGGAGAAGGUGGAUGCCCAGCAGAUCCAGAAGUCUCAAGCCAUCUCUCUCCUGCAAACUGUGACUAAACAGAUCCUGACCCUCUUGGAAUCAAAGGAGUCACGUGCUACUUGGGAUGAAACCCUCCUAGACUCAUUCUGCAAUUACCUCUAUGACCAUCUUAGAGACCUCAAAGACUGUCAGAAUCAGCAGGUUGGAGAGCAGGAAGUUCCCUUGACCCAGGAACCCUCCUGGUGGGCUGUGAGGGAAUACUUCGGCAGGAUCACCAUGUACCUGAAACAGAAGAAACACAGCCCGUGUGCCUGGGAAAUUGCUAGAGCAGAAGUCUGGAGAGCCCUGUCUUAUUCAGACAUGUUCUUGGCAAUACUGAGUGAAGAGAAGGAAUGAGUUCUGAGACAUUUGGAGAGGACUCUCCUGGACUAGAACACUGCAUCUCACAUUAUAGUCUCUCCUUAAAAAGCUCUCAUUACUUUCAGUGUGAAUACAAGCAACCUGCCUAGACGGUUCAGCGAUAUUGAGCAAUUAUUUUCAAUAUGUAAAACUGUUUUUGUAUCUGCAUCCAAUUGGUUAUUUAUUUAUUAGAGUAUUAUUAAGAUAAUUUAAGAUAUUUAUACUAAAUCUUGCAUUCUUAUAUUUUAAUAUGGCACAUGAUCAUUUGUAAUUAAAUUAUUUUGUAUACAAAUAAAUUUGCUUUGUAAGACACUUUGGAUUAAUUAAUUUGAUAUCUCUUUAACAUUAUCAACUAUUUUUUUUACAUUUUUUAUUAUUUUUUUCCACCUUUUUUAUUUUUAUUUUUUCCAUCUUUAUUAAAUUGGAUAUUUCUUAUUUACAUUUCAAAUGUUUUUCCCUUUCCCAGUUUCCUUGCCAACAUCCCCCUAACCCCUCCUCUUCCCAUUCUAUAUGGGAGUUCUACUCCAAAUCCUCCCGAUUACCGCCCUUCCCCCCAAGAAUCCUGUUCACUGGGGGUCCAGCCUUGGCAGGACCAAGGGCUUCUUCUACAGUGUAGAGUCUACACUGUAAAUAUUGUUCAACUGAACACUUUUGAAAUAUCAGAGCGGAAAGACAUAUACACUGCAGAAUAUUUAGACAAGCCCUAGAUAUUUUCAACUACUUCUCUCUGGCAUAUAGUAUUCUUCUGGAUGGAUAAACAGCAUGCUGUGCAGAAGACAACCAGAGAGUCUUGCUCCUAACAUUCCUUAGUCCACUUUGACCAAAUAUGUCCUGGGUUAAUUUAGCACCUGAUUUCCUUGAUCUCAUAUACUUAUCUACUUCUAUCAAUAAUAGUUUAGUUGUUUGAGGUUCUAAAUAUUAGUGAGGUCAUGUAGAGCAAUGCAAAACAGAUAAACAAUGACUAGUCUGCCUAUAUGGCACAGAAAGGGAAAACAAGAAGAACGUGGGAUUUACACCCACUCCUCAUAGCCUCAUAAUCCAGUCCUAGGAAUAAAUCCAACCAGGGGAGAGAAAUGACUCUAAAAUCAACCCUUGGAAACACUCUUCCUUCUCUAUUUCCGGGACCUUUCCUCUUCCCACUUUCUACUUCUCUGUUUGUUACUCUUCUUCCUCCUCCUCUUUCUUCCUCCUCUGCUUACUCCUCAUUAUUCUACUUUUGCUCCAUCUUCUUUGAAUCACUAGUUGUGCAUGGUACAGCACCAUCUCAUGGAGCAUGGUAGCCGCUUUCAGGUGCCCCAGCCUGAGGAUACCUGAAUCUCUUUCCUCCAGCACAAAUAUUUUUCCAUCGUUCCUCAGCUGGAGGUGGAAUUGCCUCUGUUUUCCAAGCUGAUAUUAUGUCUGGCGUGGUCAUGUCAAUUCAGUCAUAGGCACUCACAGUUCACAUGAGUAACUAUUCUGUUGUGUUCAAGAACACGGCUUUGCUGAGUCAUCCACUGCCUCUGGCUCUUCUAAUUCUUCUAUUCCUGCUUCUUCAUUGGUUCCCAAGGCCAAGGAAAUCAGGACUUCCUUUUCUCAGUGAUCAGUUGCGAGUCUCUCUGUUCAUUGGCAGGGAAUGUAAAAGAGUUCUGUGGUAAGUGUUGGCCAGUGCAGGAACCCCAUCUUAGAUGUAGGCUCUAAUUUCAAAUCAGGUAUUGUGACAGGAUGAGUACAGCACUGCUUUGCUCUUUGUUAUCUUCAUGGCUCCACAUGUAUUUUAUUUUAUUUUAUUUUAUUUUAUUAACUUGAGUAUUUCUUAUAUACAUUUCGAGUGUUAUUCCCUUUCCCGGUAUCCGGGCAAACAUCCCCCUCCCCCCUCCCCUUCCUUAUGGGUGUUCCCCUCCCAACCCUCCCCCCAUUGCCGCCCUCCCCCCACCAGUCUAGUUCACUGGGGGUUCAGUCUUAGCAGGACCCAGGGCUUCCCCUUCCACUGGUGCUCUUACUAGGAUAUUCAUUGCUACCUAUGAGGUCAGAGUCCAGGGUCAGUCCAUGUAUAGUCUUUGGGUAGGGGCUUAGUCCCUGGAAGCUCUGGUUGCUUGGCAUUGUUGUACAUAUGGGGUCUCGAGCCCCUUCAAGCUCUUCCAGUUCUUUCUCUGAUUCCUUCAACGGGGGUCCUAUUCUCAGUUCAGUGGUUUGCUGGUGGCAUUCGCCUCUGUAUUUGUUGUAUUCUGGCUGUGUCUCUCAGGAGCGAUCUACAUCCGGUUCCUGUCGGUCUGCACUUCUUUGCUUCAUCCAUCUUGUCUAAUUGGGUGGCUGUAUAUGUAUGGGCCACAUGUGGGGCAGGCUCUGAAUGGGUGUUCCUUCAGUCUCUGUUUUAAUCUUUGCCUAUCUCUUCCCUGCCAAGGGUAUUCUUGUUCCCCUUUUAAAGAAGGAGUGAAGCAUUCACAUUUUGAUCAUCCGUCUUGAGUUUCAUUUGUUCUAGGCAUCUAGGGUUAUUCAAGCAUUUGGGCUAAUAGCCACUUAUCAAUGAGUGCAUACCAUGUAUGUCUUUCUGUGAUUGGGUUAGCUCACUCAGGAUGAUGUUUUCCAGUUCCAACCAUUUGCCUACAAAUUUCAUAAAGUCCUUGUUUUUGAUAGCUGAGUAAUACUCCAUUGUGUAGAUGUACCACAUUUGCUGUAUCCAUUCCUCUGUUGAAGGGCAUCUCGGUUCUUUCCAGCUUCUGGCUAUUAUAAAUAAGGCUGCAAUGAACAUAGUGGAGCACGUGUCUUUUUUAUAUGUUGGGGCAUCUUUUGGGUAUACGCCCAAGAGAGGUAUAGCUGGAUCCUCAGGCAGUUCAAUGUCCAAUUUUCUGAGGAUCCUCCAGACUGAUUUCCAGAAUGGUUGUACCAGUUUGCAAUCCCACCAACAAUGGAGGAGUGUUCCUCUUUCUCCACAUCCUCGCCAGCAUCUGUUGUCCCCUGAGUUUUUGAUCUUAGCCAUUCUCACUGGUGUGAGGUGAAAUCUCAGGGUUGUUUUGAUUUGCAUUUCCCUUAUGACUAAAGAUGUUGAACAUUUCUUUAGGUGUUUCUCAGCCAUUCGGCAUUCCUCAGCUGUGAAUUCUUUGUUUAGCUCUUAACCCCAUUUUUUAAUAGGGUUAUUUGUUUCCCUGCGGUCUAACUUCUUGAGUUCUUUGUAUAUUUUGGAUAUAAGGCCUCUAUGUGUUGUAGGAUUGGUAAAGAUCUUUUCCCAAUCUGUUGGUUGCCGUUUUGUCCUAACCACAAUGUCCUUUGCCUUACAGAAGCUUUGCAGUUUUAUGAGAUCCCAUUUGUCGAUUCUUGAUUUUAGAGCAUAAGCCAUUGGUGUUUUGUUCAGGAAAUUUUUUCCAGUGCCCAUGUGUUCCAGAUGCUUCCCUAGUUUUUCUUCUAUUAGUUUGAGUGUGUCUGGUUUGAUGUGCAGGUCCUUGAUCCACUUGGACUUAAGCUUUGUACAGGGUGAUAAGCAUGGAUCAAUCUGCAUUCUUCUACAUGUUGACCUCCAGUUGAACCAGCACCAUUUGCUGAAAAUGCUAUCUUUUUUCCAUUUGAUGGUUUUGGCUCCUUUGUCAAAAAUCAAGUGACCAUAGGUGUGUGGGUUCAUUUCUGGGUCUUCAAUUCUAUUCCAUUAGUCUAUCUGUCUGUCUCUGUACCAAUACCAUGCAAUUUUUAUCACUAUUGCUCUGUAAUACUGCUUGAGUUCAGGAAUAGUGAUUCCCCCUGAAGUCCUUUUAUUGGUGAGGAUAGCUGUAGCUAUCCUGGGUUUUUUGUUAUUCCAGAUGAAUUUGCAAAUUGUUCUGUCUAACUCUUUGAAGAAUUGGAUUGGUAUUUUGAUGGAGAUUGCAUUGAAUCUGUAGAUUGCUUUUGGUAAAAUGGCCAUUUUUACUAUAUUAAUCCUGCCAAUCCAUGAGCAUGGGAGAUUUUUCCAUCUUCUGAGGUCUUUUUCAAUUUCCUUCUUCAUUGUCUUGAAGUUCUUAUUGUACAGAUCUUUUACUUGCUUUGUUAAAGUCACACCGAGGUACUUUAUAUUAUUUGGGUCUAUUAUGAAGGGUGUCAUUUCCCUAAUUUCUUUCUCGGCUUGUUUCUCUUUUGUAUAGAGGAAGGCAACUGAUUUAUUUGAGUUAAUUUUAUACCCAGCCACUUUGCUGAAGUUGUUUAUCAGCUUUAGUAGUUCUCUGGUGGAACUUUUGGGAUCACUUAAAUAUACUAUCAUAUCAUCUGCAAAUAGUGAUAUUUUGACUUCUUCUUUUCCGAUCUGUAUCCCCUUGACCUCCUUUUGUUGUCUGAUUGCUCUGGCUAGAACUUCAAGAACUAUAUUGAAUAAGUAGGGAGAGAGUGGGCAGCCUUGUCUAGUCCCUGAUUUUAGUGGGAUUGCUUCAAGUUUCUCUCCAUUUAGUUUAAUGUUAGCAACUGGUUUGCUGUAUAUGGCUUUUACUAUGUUCAGGUAUGGGCCUUGAAUUCCUAUUCUUUCCAGGACUUUUAUCAUGAAGGGGUGUUGAAUUUUGUCAAAUGCUUUCUCAGCAUCUAAUGAAAUGAUCAUGUGGUUUUGUUCUUUCAGUUUGUUUAUAUAAUGGAUCACGUUGAUGGUUUUCCGUAUAUUAAACCAUCCCUGCAUGCCUGGGAUGAAGCCUACUUGGUCAUGGUGGAUGAUUGUUUUGAUGUGCUCUUGGAUUCGGUUUGCCAGAAUUUUGUUGAGUAUUUUUGCGUCGAUAUUCAUAAGGGAAAUUGGUCUGAAGUUCUCUUUCUUUGUUGUGUCUUUGUGUGGUUUAGGUAUAAGAGUAAUUGUGGCUUCGUAGAAGGUAUUCGGUAGUGAUCCAUCUGUUUCAAUUUUGUGGAAUAGUUUGGAUAAUAUUGGUAUGAGGUCUUCUAUGAAGGUUUGAUAGAAUUCUGCACUAAACCCGUCUGGACCUGGGCUCUUUUUGGUUGGGAGACCUUUAAUGACUUCUUCUAUUUCCUUAGGAGUUAUGGGGUUGUUUAACUGGUUUAUCUGUUCCUGAUUUAACUUUGGUACCUGGUAUCUGUCUAGGAAAUUGUCCAUUUCCUGAAGAUUUUCAAGUUUUGUUGAAUAUAGGUUUUUAUAGUAAGAUCUGAUGAUUUUUUGAAUUUCCUCUGAAUCUGUUGUUAUGUCUCCCUUUUCAUUUCUGAUUUUGUUAAUUUGGACGCACUCUCUGUGUCCUCUCCUUAGUCUGGUUAAGGGUUUAUCUAUCUUGUUGAUUUUCUCAAAGAACCAGCUUUUGGUUCUGCUGUUUUUUUAUAUAGUCCUUUUUGUUUCCACUUGGUUGAUUUCAGCUCUGAGUUUGAUUAUUUCCUGCCUUCUACUCCUCCUGGGUGUAUUUGCUUCUUUUUGUUCUAGAGCUUUUAGGAGUGCUGUCAAGCUGCUGAUAUAUGCUCUCUCCUGUUUCUUUCUGCAGGCACUCAGAACUAUGAGUUUUCCUCUUAGCACAUCUUUCAUUGUGUCCCAUAAGUUUGGGUAUGUUGUAACUUCAUUUUCAUUAAAUUCUAAGGAGUCUUUAAUUUCUUUCUUUAUUUCUUCCUUGACCAGGUUAUCAUUGAGUAGAUCAUUGUUCAACUUCCAUGUAUAUGUGGGAAUUCUUUCCUUAUUGUUAUUGAAGACCAGCUUUAGCCUGUGGUAGUCUGAUAGGACAUAUUGGAUUAUUUCUAUCUUUCUGUAUCUGUUGAAUCCUGUUUUGUGACUGAUUAUAUGGUCAAUUUUGGAGAAUGUACCAUGAGGUGCUGAGAAGAAUGUAUAUUCUUUUGCUUUAGGAUAGAAUGUUCUAUAAACAUCUGUUAAGUCCAUUUGGCUCAUGACUUCUCUUAGUCUGUCUACGUCUCUGUUUAAUUUCUGUUUCCAUGAUCUGUCCAUUGAUGAGAGUGGGGUGUUGAAAUCUCUCACUAUUAUUGUGUGAGGUGCAAUGUGUGUUUUGAGCUUUAGUAAGGUUUCUUUUACAUAUGUAGGUGCCCUUGUAUUUGGGGCAUAGAUAUUUAGGAUUGAGAGUUCAUCUUGGUGGAUUUUUCCUUUGAUGAAUAUGAAAUGUCCUUCCUUAUCUUUUUUGAUGACUUUUAGUUGAAAAUUGAUUUUAUUUGAUAUUAGAAUGGCUACUCCAGCUUGCUUCUUCUGACCAUUUGCUUGGAAAAUUGUUUUCCAGCCUUUCACUCUGAGGUAAUGUCUGUCUUUGUCUCUGAGGUGUGUUUCCUGUAGGCAGCAGAAUGCAGGGUCCUCGUUGCAUAUCCAGUUUGUUAAUCUAUGUCUUUUUAUUGGGGAGUUGAGGCCAUUGAUGUUGAGAGAUAUUGAGAAAUAGUGAUUAUUGCUUCCCGUUAUAUUCAUAUUUGGAUGUGAGGUUAUGUUUGUGUGCUUUCAUUCUCUUUGUUUUGUUGCCAAGACGAUUAGUUUCUUGCUUCUUCUAGGGUAUAGCUUGCCUCCUUAUGUUGGGCUUUACCAUUUAUUAUCCUUUGUAGUGCUGGAUUUGUAGAAAGAUAUUGUGUAAAUUUGGUUUUGUCAUGGAAUAUUUUGGUUUCUCCAUCUAUGCUAAUUGAGAGUUUUGCAGGAUACAGUAACCUGGGCUGGCAUUUGUGUUCUCUUAGGGUCUGUAUGACAUCAGUCCAGGAUCUUCUGGCCUUAACAAUUUCUGGCGAGAAGUCUGGUGUGAUUCUGAUAGGUCUGCCUUUAUAUGUUACUUGACCUUUUUCCCUUACUGCUUUUAAUAUUCUUUCUUUAUUUUGUGCGUUUGGUGUUUUGACUAUUAUGUGACGGGAGGUGUUUCUUUUCUGGUCCAAUCUAUUUGGAGUUCUGUAGGCUUCUUGUAUGCCUAUGGGUAUCUCUUUUUUUAGGUUAGGGAAGUUUUCUUCUAUGAUUUUGUUGAAGAUAUUUACUGUCCUUUGAGCUUGGAGUCUUCACUCUCCUCUAUACCUAUUAUCCUUAGGUUUGAUCUUCUCAUUGAGUCCUGGAUUUCCUGUAUGUUUUGGACCAGUAGCUUUUUCCGCUUUACAUUAUCUUUGACAGUUGAGUCAAUGAUUUCUAUGGAAUCUUCUCCUCCUGAGAUUCUCUCUUCCAUCUCUUGUGUUCUGUUGGUGAAGCUUGUAUCUACAGCUCCUUGUCUCUUCUUUUGGUUUUCUAUAUCCAGGGUUGUUUCCAUGUGUUCUUUCUUGAUUGCUUCUAUUUCCAUUUUUAAUUCCUUCAACUGUUUGAUUGUGUUUUCCUGGAAUUCUUUCAGGGAUUUUUG